AUGGGGACUAGUGAUUCUUGGUGUUGGAUUAAGGAGGGUUCAGGGAUUUACAGCGUUAAGUCUGCAUAUGUGGAGUUGAUUGGUGUUAUUGGCUUGGACUCGGAGGAAAGUCGAGUAUUUAGGAGAUUAUGGCAAACAAGGUCCCCCUCAAAUCAGAUUGCAUUUGCUUGGAAGGUGAUAAUUAAUAGAGUCCAAACAAGAACUGAUUUGGCAAGAAGGCAUGCUCUGCCAAUAAACUUUUCUCUUGUGUGUGGCUUGUGUGCCACUGAAGAUGAAAAUUGCCAACAUCUGUUCUUCAGUUGUCAAGUAUCUUGGACGGUAUGGAUGAAACUCUACGAUUGGUUGGGGAUCAAGACGGUUCUGUUAAUAGAUGUUGAGUCUCACUUUAGACAACAUGAAAAUCUUCUACUGGUUAGUAAGAAAGCUUGGUCCAGCUUGCUCCUAAUUUGGAUCGCUGCAGUGAAUGCUAUCUGGCAAUGUAGAAAUGGUUCUGUUUUUAGGGGAGAGAGGGUGGAGGUGGAUCGAAUUGUGGAAUUGGUGCAGUACAAGGUGUGGAAGUGGUUAAGAACUAAAGAGAAUAAUUUUCUCUCUUCAUUCUAUGAAUGGGUCCUGAUACAAGCAAUUUGUGGAGGUCUAGACGCAGGAGAGCUUUGUUGCAUUGCGCACUGUGCUGAUUUUUUUGUUGGAGCACUUCAUCUUGCUUUGGCUUUCUAG